AUGUCCAACUUUGCCAAGCAGAUCCCCAAGGCCGUCAGAGAAAUCAGGUUGCAGUUCUGCCAGUCUUCUGCUGCGUCGGCUGGUGUCCGUCAAUUUGUUCAAUCAUCAUACCCCGCUGUGAAGGCUUCCAAUCCUGACCUCAAGUUCCUUAUUCGUGAAGCUAGCAACGUCUCGCCUCGCGCCUUUGUCCGAUUCGAGAGAGGAGUCGAAUCAGAAGCCCAGCUCGCCAACUUGUCGGAUGCGGAGGUCGGCAAGGUGCUUUCGACUUUGGUGAACCAACAAACGGGCAAGCUCUGA